CUGAGUUUUUCAUUUACAUUAGAAAUUGAAUUGGAUUCCAUAUACUUUAGCGGAAAGAAGGAAAAAAAUGGAGGGAGGAGGAUCGGAAUCUGCGAGGGAACUAGAUCAGACACCAACAUGGGCAGUUGCAUUAGUUUCUGCAGUCAUCAUUAUAAUCUCCAUAUUGUUGGAAAAAACUCUUCAUAAGUUCGGAGAGACAUUUGAAAGAAGAAAGAAGAAAGCAUUGUUUGAAGCUCUUGAGAAAAUUAAAGGGGAGCUAAUGGUUUUAGGCUUCAUUUCCCUUAUUUUGACAUUUGGACAAAACUACAUUUCCAAAAUCUGUAUUCCUGAAAAAAUUGGGGAUACUAUGUUGCCAUGUCCUAACCGUUCAGCUGGUAAUGAGGAACACAAGAGUGCUUCUGGGGCUGAGGCAGAACAUCACCGUAGGCUCCUAUGGUACAAGCAUAGAAUGUUGUCCGGAGACAGUCCACCCCAAGGUUGCAAGAAAGGAUAUGUGCCACUUAUGUCAAUCAAUGGAAUACAUCAACUACAUAUCUUCAUAUUCUUUUUGGCUGUAUUCCAUGUCAUUUACAGUGCUAUAACAAUGAUGCUUGGAAGAUUGAAGAUUCGUGGAUGGAAAGAAUGGGAACGACAGACUGUCAAUGAGUAUGAAGUGUCUAAUGAUCCUUCUAGAUUCAGGCUUACCCACGAGACAUCUUUUGUGAGAGAUCACACCAGUUUCUGGACAAGAAACCCAAUCCUGUUCUAUACUGUUUGCUUUUAUCGUCAAUUCUUCAGAUCUGUUCGUAAAGCUGACUACUUGACGAUGCGUCAUGGAUUCAUCUCAGUCCAUUUAGCUCCUGGAAGUAAGUUUGAUUUUCAGAAAUAUAUCAAAAGGUCCCUGGAAGAUGACUUCAAAGUUAUUGUAGGAAUCAAUACAGUAUUGUGGAUGUCAGCUGUAGUCUAUAUGCUGCUUAAUGUUCAAGGGUGGCAAUCUAUGUUCUGGCUAUCUAUAAUGCCCCUAGUUAUAAUUUUAGCAGUUGGGACAAAACUUCAAGCGAUCAUAACUAAGAUGGCUGUUGAAAUCCAAGAAAGACAUGCUGUAGUCCAAGGCAUACCUCUUGUUCAAGUCUCCGACAGUCAUUUUUGGUUUAGUUGGCCUAAGUUGGUUCUUCAUCUUAUCCAUCUUACGCUCUUUCAGAAUGCAUUUGAGAUCACGAAUUUCAUUUGGAUAUCGUACGAAUUCGGGAUGCAUUCUUGCUUUCACGAGAAUUUCUACCUUUCCAUAUUUAGAGUUGUUCUCGGGUUAGGAGUACAGUUUUUGUGCAGCUACAUUACGCUCCCACUUUAUGCACUCGUUACACAGAUGGGAUCAAAUAUGAAGAAGUCCAUCUUCGACGAACAUACUUCCAAGGCAUUAAUGAAAUGGCAUAAGCAUGCAAAGAAGAAAAAAGAAGAGCGUCCUCAACCUCAUACAAAGAAAUUAGGAGGGAGUCCAGGAGAUUCACCGGAUAGUUCUCCACGCAUAAGUGAGGCACGCGGAGGGACUGUCAGUGUAGAUAUUCCUGUGGAAGAUCUUCUUCCUGAUAAUGAGAAGUGUAGGCAUAGAGACAUAUUAAUGAGCCCAUGAUCAAGGAAAAUGGGACACAGCACAUUUCUGCCAUGGAUUGAAUAGGCAUUUAUAUAGAGACACAUUCAUAUCAACCCUUUUCUUUAGGUUACAGAACUGAUAUAAGUUAUACUGGUGCAGAAAUGGGUUAGUACUGUGACAUAGUUUCUUGAUUUUGAGCUACUGUUAGAAAUGAAUCGUAUUGAAAUUUUGUUAUAUCUGUUCAUUUGUACCAUGGAUUGAAUUGGCAUUUUUUCCCUUUUUGGUUGAGAAAGUGAGUCGAAGA